GUUCAAAUCCCGGUUGAGAACGGCCGCGCGCUGCUGGCAGAUGGCCGCGCCGAGGUCCUGAAGCGGCAGCGUUGGUGGCUGGAUUUCUUGGCAUGGUUCGAUGACCGGAUUCGUCAGGAUUCUGGGAAGUCUCCAGAUGAGAGGCUUUUCACAUCAUCGGUAGACCCUCCUUUGGGCGAGCUCAUCACCGCCUUGCUCAUUGCUGGAGGGGAUGUCAGCUUGGCAGCUGCGCACCGCUUGCUACAGCACUUUGCCCAAAUCAUGGCUAGCGGCAUUUGGGCCUUUGCAAUCUCGACCCCAUCGAGUAAGUCGAAGAAAGCCCACGCCCUCUUUGACCGCGCUGUCCUUUGCAAGGCGUUGGCUCUUGUCCAGCAAGGCCAGCACCCAUCGCUGGAGGCGGCGUGCAAGAAAAUGGACCUUGGUAGGGCGGCCCCGCCAACGAUCCACAAGGACUACACAAGCGCCUACUGCGCCCGAAUCUCUGCAGAAGUGAAAGGCCAAGCCAACUACCUGCAG